GUCCCGGGACCGCCCACCCGCCCGCGCAGGCCGCCGUCUGCUCCUCGGGCUCUUGAACCCCAGCGCCCCGCUGCCCCCUUGCGAAAGUUUUCAAUGAAUGAAGGCAGAAAGUGGGGGGGACGCCGCUAGGACUUGGCUGCUCUGGGGGCGCAGGAGCUGGACCAGGCUGCGCGCCUGCGAACCCUGAACCUGGCUCCUCCUGCUGCGCUCUGCCUUUGCCAGAGAGGAGAGGCGCCACCGAGAACCCCGAAAUCGCCCCCAGAGAUUGGAGAUUGGGGGAUGGGGAGACACUUCACUAGGAUCACUAGAUAUCACACUAACAGCCCACAUUACGGCAUUUUUAAUACCAGAAGUACUAUUAAGUUAGAGUAUGAAGGAAAUUCAUUUUCUGAGUGGAGUGUGCCAGCAGCUUGCUCUGUGAAAAAUAAAAGAUCGCCCACGACAGAACUGCGUUGUUCCUCUCCUGGUUUUCAGACUAUAAAACCAAUUGUUAUAAACUCAGAUGUAGAAGAAGAACGUCAUUUAUCUGUGGAAAGUUCUAAUACAUGCUUUCUGUGGUAUUAUAAAGUUAAGGCCUUGCUACUCAAAGUGUGGCCGAGGACCAGCAUCACAAGCACCACCCGGGAACUUAGAAACGCAGAAUCUCAGGCCUCAUUCCAGACCUACCGAACCAUAACCUGCGCGUUAACAAGAUCUUGGAGUCACUUGAACUUCCUUCACAAUUUAACGCAGAUUAUCGUUUUAUGGAUAUACGAUCCAGAAAACGCAGAUCCAAAAGAGUUGCUGUGGAGUGCAAAUGAACCGUCACCAAAUUCCAUUGUACUUAGCAAGCAGUUGGCCACUUUGGGACAGAAGCCAACCAUACAUUCGUUUAUGAGGAAAAAAAUUUAUUUUCCAAGUAGAAAUAUGAGGAAUGGGACCUGGCAUAUCUCGGUACCAAUAUCCGCAGAUGAUGUGCUGAAAAGGAUCAGGGGCAAUCAGGUGGUUUUCCAAGAUUGCUUCGUUUCAGAUUUGCUUUUCCUGCUGAGUUUUCCUUGGUUGACAAUACCCGAGAUGCCUGGCUUUUUACCACUCUCUUCACCAUAUGGUAGCCCAUUAAUGAUGGACUGGAACGAUUGCGCGCCUUCAUCUGUUGUUAUUGUAGCCGAUAUGGAGACCUUUCAAACCAACGAUUCAUUUCAUACUUGGAGCAGAGUCAGAGUGCCUCCAGGCAUCCUCACUAAGGAAGAAAGACACAAUGUGUCUAAUGUGAGCAUAACUAAGGAUGGAAUAUUUUUUUUGAUAAAUGGUAACCUUUAUAUAAAAACUUGGACCAAAUUUGCAAGACUGGGAAGCAAGGAAGAGCUUCCUGAAGGAGAAAUUAUUGGCACUAGAACAAGAAAAUGGUGUUGGACCCAAUAUUUAAUGAAGGGUAAUAAAAGAAGCAACUUGGCAGUCUGGACAAGAACAGAAUUUUAUCUUGGAUACACUUCUCUUAAAUUUGUCAAAAUAACAAAUACUAGAGAACUGAGACAGACUUUAAAUCUAUCCACAGCUAUUAGUCUGACUAUACACAAUGCUGACUAUACAGCACAUCCUAUGGAACUUGCCUUGUUAUUAAGUUACUGCUUUACCUGUAAUGUCCUUAAAAAAUUUUACCUAGCGAUAUAUAAUGAAGAUACACAUGAGUGGGUGCAGCAAGACUUUGCAUUAGAUGCCAUGAUUGACAGUUUCAUAGUUCCACGUUUUCUAUAUUCAGCACUUCCAGAACUAAUACUAUGGGACAAAUACAGGAUCUACUAUUACUAUCACAAUUUCACUACCACUGGAGUUAUAAAAACAACUACAGAAUCUGGGAAUCUAUCAAGAUUGUCACACGACAGUGUUAUCCAUGAUGUUUAUUUAGAUUACUUUGGAAAUAUUGUGGUAAAAAUGGAAAAUAACGCCAUGUUUCAUUUUAAGAUUACUGUUAGAGAUGCAGUAAAGCUACAUAUGUGGACAAAUAGUACAUCAAGAUCAUUAAUGAUACUUAAUCAUUCUGGUCACGCAUCUCUUGUAUAUGUUCUUGAUAAUGGCACAAUAUAUCUACAGGAUUAUCCCUUAAGACUGGAAACGGAAAGUAUAGCUUUAAAAGAAAAAGAAAAAGAAAAAUGCCCCUUCGUGGCAUUUCAUAAUAAUAUUUUUAGUGCUUUUUACAUUUUGGACAAGAGACAGAACCUGUCUUUCUGGGCUAAAAUAGUCUACCCAGAAAAUACUGGUCUGCUGAUUCUUGUGGAAUCCUACGGCCCAAAAGUAUUAGAAAAGACACAUCUGAUUGAGUAUGAAAUUGCGUUAGGAUACUGCACAAAAACCGUGAUCACAACAUUUUUUCAGAAAGUAGAUUACGAGGCAGUAGAUGAUUACUUCAAGUUGCAGCAACAGAACACGGCGACUGUGCUCAUCCAGGUCAGGCCGAGCGAGUACUCGAAAACGUGUGAGAUCGCCCCCAAGGUGAUCCAAGUCGCUGUUGGCUGUGAUACUACUAAAUACAUUACAGUUAAAAGAGUUAAUAACCAAGAAUGUCUUCCACAUGAUUUCUUUUACAUUAUUGAAAAGUCAAAUCUGAGGCAUCGACCACCUAAAAACUUGAGAGUAAAAUAUAAAUGGAAAAAAUAUGGCUGCCCAUUGAAACUUCAUUACAGAGAGACAUUUCACCCUGAGAUUCAAUUAUACAAUGAAAAUGGCUUUAUUGAACAUGUUGCAGUCAAUUUCAUCGUGUGGGAAAUCCACGGCAGGGAUGACUACAGCUAUAAUACCUCCAUGAAGAAGAGUGGUUGUUUAAAUGAAGCCCAGACGUGGAAGUCAAUGACCACGCUUAACAAGCACCUCCCGUUAGAAUCAGCUUGGGGACCUGAGAACUAUAAGCACUGCUUUUCUUAUGCCAUUGGAAAACCAGGAGACUUGCACCAACCAUAUGAGAUUAUCAACAAGUCUAACAACAACCAUUUAAUUUGGCCCAUGCACCAUACUGGAAUGUAUGUGUUUCAAGUGAAGAUCCUGGAUCCAAACUAUAGUUUCUGCAACCUAACAGCUGUCUUUGCGAUAGAGAUCUAUGGCGUCCUUCCCAGUCCAAAUGGCUACCUGGUUGCUUCCACCCUCUUUCUCCUGAUGCUACUGUUCUUCAGUAUUCUCAUUUUUAGCUACUUCCAUUACAUGAGGAUUUACAAACAACUUAUGUAUGAGCUAAUUUACAAAACUGAAAGAAAGCAAAAGAACAUUUAGGAGAAAAUGAAAGCUUGUUUACUACGGAUAUAUGUAUGUAGGAGUGUAUAUAUAU